CAUCCCUUCAUCUCCCCUCCAUCCCACCCCCAUCUCAUGUUCCCUCCCCACUUUCUCUCCCCUGCCAGUGACACCGUGGAGGUGAUCGGGGUCCUGGGUGGGACCGUGACUCUCCCCAUCCUCAACAUAGACGGAAACAUAGAUGGAAAUGCAAUAGGCUGGUUUAUUGGGAAUGAACCCAUAGUGACUGUGGACCUUAAGGAUCCUUUUCAACCUGUGUUUCAUAAACAAGAAUUCCAAGAACAUUUUGCUGUUUCCGAGAGAGGCCACGUGCUCAGCAUCUCCCAGGUGCGGAUGGAGGAUGCCGGAAUCUAUUCUGUAACCAUUGGGGAUAAAACAUUCACCUUCGACCUCCAGGUGUACAGGGAGCUGGCAGAGCCCACGGUGACCUGCGAGGCCCAGAACUGCUCGGACGGGAGAUGCAGCUUCUCCCUGCGCUGCUCCACACCCGGCGCUGGCCUCGGGAACGUCUCCCACAGGUGGGGGAUGCGGGAUCAGCUAUUGGCUGAGGGCCCCAUGCUGCUGGUGAAUGAAUCACUCUCGGAUAAGCUGGAGCGUCUGACGUGCACGGCACGGAACCCCGUCAGCACCAUGAAUGUCACUAUCACCACCCCCAUGGUGCUCUGCUCAGCAAACACCACGGACCCUCCCAGCCCAGGUGCCCACUCCGGCAGCUGGAUCAAGAUCUUCAGCAUCAUAGCUGGGAGUGGAACUGGGUUGCUUCUUUUGGUUGUAUUGUUUUGCUUCAUAUGGUACUGUAAAUCCAAAG